AGAGAGAGAGAGACAUUUUGCUAGAUUAUGGAUAAAGAGUUCAAUAUAUUUAACAUUUGUUAAAUUUUUAUGGCAGAAGUCUAUGUCUUUGGCCAACUCGUGAGCGCUAAAGAAUUCUCCAAAAGGUCGCUCUUCUGUAAAUGGAAAAUACAUUUCGGCCAUAAUUGGAGGAUUAUUGAAGGACUAAUUGAAGGACAGACUCAAGUGGAUGAUCCGCAAACUCAAGAGAUUACUUAUUGGUGUCAUCCCAUUGAUCUUCAUUUGGCUACAAAAGGAAUUCAGGGUUGGCCUAAAUUAGAGCUACAAGUGUGGAAUCAGGACUCAACCGGUCGGUGCAAUAUUGUUAGCUACGGUUUUGUUCAUUUGCCGACACAAGCAGGACAUCAUCGGAUUACUUGUCACACUUGGAGACCAAUCGGAGCAUUGAGUGAUCAAAUUGCCAACUAUUUUACAGACGAAGGUUUAAAGUUAACAAAUGAAGAGAUAAUUGUGACAAAUGAAAACCGAUCGCGACUUCAAACUCAAGCCAUGGGUGAUAUCAAUCUGGAUCUCUAUUUAGUGCUCAAAAGUUUUGAUGUUUAUGGCAUUGAAACCUAA